GGUUGGCAGCCUGCGCGAUCACAAUUCACGUACGGUUUCACUCCCCUCCCGAUAUUCUCUCACCCCAUCCGAUCAGGGGGAGCGCUGCAGCGACGGGAAGACCUACUCCAGCCGCCGCUGCCGUCCCCGGGCAGUGCCGGUGGCGUCCUGAGGGCAUCAGGACGUUGAGGAGGACUUCUACCUCGACUACAUCACCUCUGCAUCAAGCCUGCACCAAGCAGGCGAUCAUGUCCACUGCCGUGACACCUUCCGCUCCAUUCCGGUCCGACACGAUCGAACCACUUACGGGGAGUAACUUCCCUCGUUGGAAGUCCCAAGUCGAAUUAUGUUUGGGUUGUAAUGAAUUUGACUAUGCCUUGAGGGAAGAAAAACCUGUGGCACCUGUGGCAGGUGUCACAGGGUAUGCAGAACUCAAGAAGGAGUAUGAUGUUAAGAUGGAAAAGUGGAAUAAGUCCAACCAUAUUGCGCUUCUCAUCAUGAAAGCGACAAUAUCGCCGGACAUUUCUGAAGCACUCCCUAAGAAAGAUACUGCUAAAGAUUUCCUCACUGAAAUGGAGGAGCAAUUUAAAGGCUCCGACAAAGUGUAUGCUCAUGAGCUUUUUGCUAAGCUUCUUCAGAAAUACACUAUUGAUAGAAAUGUUAGGCAGCACAUAUUGAGGGUGGUAAAUGCUUUCACCAAGCUUAAGGCUUUGGAGUGUUCUUUAAGAAAAAUGGCCACUCUCUAA